UCGACGACACCUGUUGUCCUGUUACCGCCGCAUUUGAGAUGGCCGAGGCGGAGGACAGCGGCGGGGUGGGCCGUCUGUCACAGCUAGAGGCCAACUAUAUUAAUGGACCGUCGAAGAGCAACACAGCAUUGUCGUUUGAAGCGCUCCUCGAUACUCUCAUCUGCCUAUACGAUGAGUGUUGUAGCAGUACAUUACGAAAAGAAAAGUGCGUAGCUGAAUUUGUUGAAUCUGUCAAAACUGUUGUGACCCAAGCAAAAGAGCUGCGACUAUGCCGGGACGAUUUCGAACUGCUCAAAGUGAUCGGCAAAGGUGCUUUUGGCGAAGUAGCCGUUGUCAGAAUGCGAGGCGUAGGCGAGAUCUAUGCAAUGAAGAUUUUGAACAAAUGGGAGAUGCUAAAACGAGCGGAAACGGCAUGCUUUCGCGAAGAACGCGAUGUGCUCGUCUACGGUGACAGGCGAUGGAUUACCAAUCUGCAUUUUGCGUUUCAAGAUGAAAAGAAUUUGUAUUUCGUAAUGGACUAUUAUGUUGGCGGUGACAUGUUGACAUUAUUGUCAAAGUUCGAGGAUCGUAUACCAGAAACAAUGGCACGAUUCUAUAUAGCUGAAAUGGUGUUAGCCAUCGACUCCAUACAUAAUUUGGGUUAUGUUCACAGGGAUGUAAAACCAGACAAUGUAUUACUUGACAUACAAGGUCAUAUACGACUAGCUGAUUUUGGGAGUUGCCUACGACUGUUACCAGAUGGUACGGUGGCCUCAAAUGUCGCAGUCGGAACGCCGGAUUAUAUAUCACCGGAGAUCCUGCGUGCAAUGGAGGAUGGAAAAGGGCAUUAUGGCAAAGAAUGCGAUUGGUGGUCGUUAGGAAUUUGCAUGUAUGAAAUGCUCUAUGGAAAUACGCCAUUUUAUUCGGAACGCCUGAUUGAUACUUACGGGAAGAUUAUGAGUCACCAGGACAUGUUAGAUUUUCCGGAUGAAGAUAUAGACUGGACUAUUUCUGAGGAAGCGAAAGAUCUGAUACGGAAAUUGAUCUGCCCGAGGGAGGUUCGGCUUGGCAAGGGAGGUUUUGCGGAUUUCCGCGAUCAUCCAUUUUUCGCUGGAGUCGAUUGGGCUGGAAUCAGAGAUUCUGACCCUCCUUACCAUCCAGAAGUGUCUAGUCCUACCGAUACGUCUAACUUUGACGUUGACAUCUGCGAAGAUGACUUUACACCCUGUGAGACUCAACCACCCCGAGUUACUGCCGCUUUUACGGGUCAUCACCUACCGUUUAUUGGUUUUACAUAUACACACGGGAGUUUACUUUCUGAUGCAAAAUCGCUGAGCGAUUGUUUGUCUCGUGAUGUGUCCGCAAACGACCAGAACCGUACAGCUGGAACAGAGGCGUACGAGAAAAGGCUGCGAGAACUUGAAGUUGAGAAGCAAGAGUUGGCUAGAAAGUGCCAAGAAGCAAACCAGUUGGUGCAAUCGUUUGCGGGUGAGUCACGAUCAGAAGAAGAUAAGAAUUAUGAGCAAACUAUUGCUCAGUUGAAAGAUGAGAUCCAAAUCUUGAAAACUCGCCUGGCCGAUGAAACGGCGUCAAAAGAACGAGCAGCGACGGCAAAAGAUCCGGCCGUUGAAGAUUUGGAGAAGAAAGUUCGAGAGCUGAAAGAGAAGAAUCGACAACUAAUCCUGGAAAAAGCGGAGCUGCAGCGGGAACUUGAAGAAGCCGAAGAAAAGUUGACAUUAAAGACGAAAGAAUAUAAAGAAGCCAUAAAACAUAGAGAAUCGGCUAAAGCUGACUUUGAAGAGCUUAACAAUGAAUUGCUCGAUGAACGCAGUAAAACGCGUCGUUUGGAAAAAGAAGCAACCGAGGUGGAAACGAAGAUUGCUCAGCUGCAGUCCCGUGUCGACUCACUGAAAGCAGAUUUGCGAAAGGCUGAAAGUGCUCGGCAUGAGGUUGACAUGGAGCUCACAAAAGCAAAGCAAGCAGCCGAGUCUGAGCGUCUUUUGAAAGAAGGACUGCAGGCAAAGCUGGCUGCGUUCGGGGAUGAAAAUCCAGGAAAAGAAGCACGUCGCCUUGGUGAAGAACUUGAACGACUGAAUGAGCGUCAUGCUGAAAUUGUUGCGCAAGAAGAUCAGAAGAGAAAGCAGCUCGUCGAGCACUACCAGGGUCAAUUGGCUGAACUUCAAUCUCAAUUUGAGGAGAAAGACAAUGAGUUGAGAGCAUCGCGUGCUAAGCUUGAAGAAGAACGUGCGCAAUUUGCACUGCAACAAGAGCAAAACUCAAAGAAUGUGGAAGUGCAAUAUGAUCGGCUCCAAAAAGCUUAUGAAGAGAACACUGCUCAAUUGAAGUUGGAGAAUGACACCUUGCGAGCUGAGCUUUCUCGACUGCAUGCUGAGAUUGAAAUGAGUAGACCUGGCAUUAACGAACAGCAGCUACAUGAGAUUCUCAAUUGGGUAAAUGAGGAAAAAGCGACUAGGGAAGAGAUGGAGCUGCUGACUCGGCGAAUAACCGGAGAUAUCGAGACGCUCAAACUUCAGAAUGGCACCAACGGCGGUCAGUAUAGUAAUAUCACAACACCGGCAUCAGGCUGGGGAUCAAGACGAAUGAACAAAGCUGCCAAGAUGGAGAUCCUAGACGCUAAGAAAGCACUGAAUGCUGAAAUUCGAGCGAAAUGUGAGCUGCAAGAGGAGCUAAGCCGGACACGCUCAGCAUUGUUUGCUUCAAAAGCUCGUCUCGACGAGUGCGAGGAGAGGCUAGCAGCGUCUAGGAGAGAAAACGAAGCGUUAAAAACUGAGUUACGUUCUGGUGGUGGACGUGAUAGUGUUGAAGAUGGACGAGCUUUCUUUAACAUGGUCUCUGAAGGAAGAACAUCAACACCGAGGGACUCUGUGCACAAUUCAUUCAAUACCGAUUAUGAAAUAUCAAAUAGCAGAAGAUAUGCAGCUGGCAUCCCGUUAUCAUCCCCAGCUCCACCACCUCCAGCUUACGAGAAUACGGUCAGGCAUAGCCAAACUCCAUCUACGGCUUCGACUAUGCUGGUUGGAAACCGAGGCGCAAGCCCGAAGGUGAUUCAGUCGUUGAAUAAUGCUUUGAGUGGGCGAGGACAUCAAUUUCAACAUGUACAUCUGAACGCGCCGACCAAAUGCGGACACUGCACAUCAAUCUUGGUGGGGCUGGAUAGGCAAGGGUUGUAUUGUCAAACAUGUCACUACGCCUGUCAUGUUCACUGCUCAUCUCGAGCCGUGCCUCAGUGUCCCGUACCACCUGACGCCCGAAGACCGCUGGGCAUCGAUCCCCUGAAAGGAGUUGGUACCGCGUAUGAGGGACUUGUAAGGACACCCAGAGCUGGUGGUGUGAAGAAGGGUUGGCAGCAUACCUAUGUGGUUGUUUGUGACUUCAAGCUUUAUUUGUACGAUUGCGUUACGGACCGGCAGAAUAAGGCUACUGAAAUCCAGCCAGUGAUCAGACAGGUCCUUGAUAUGAGAGAUCCUGACUUUGGAGUGACUGGCGUAAGCGAGCAAGAUGUAAUCCAUGCUAAUAAGAACGAUCUGGCCAAAAUCUUCCGAAUCACCACUAGUCAUAUCCAGGGUAUAUCCAUAGGUGAUGAUGGGGCUAUGAACCGACAGUACACGCUGCUAAUGGCGGAUAGUCAAGAGGAACGAAAGAAAUGGGUUAUAGCGUUGAAUGAAUUGAAGGCUCUCCUCAAGAAAUCACGGCUAGCAGAUCGAAGCGCUUUCAGCGUCAAGGAAGUCUUUGAUGUUGCUAGUCUACCUUCCAUUCGAUUAGCGCAAUGUGCUACCGUAAUCGACCGAACAAAAAUGGUCAUAGGCUUUGCUGAUGUUGGAUUGUACUGUGUGGAGCUGGAUAGAGAGACUUUGGUAGCAGUUGGAGGUGAGAAGGAGAACAAAGGCAGGUUUGUGGAGAAGGUCGAGUACAGCGCAUCUGAACAGCUUCUGUUAGUCAUGGUUGGACCUCCCAAAGAUAGGCAUGUACGGUUAAUUCCAUCGGCCGCAUUAGAUGGACGCGAUCUGAAAUGGAUCAAAGUUGCCGAAACAAAAGGCUGUCAUUUGAUGGCAAUGGGCGCAGGAUCUAUAGCCGGCACGGCGUCAGUCGGUCCUUCAGGAAACGUGCACUACAUAGCAGUGGCAAUCAAGAAGAGCGUCAUCGUUUACCAAAUCGAUCGCAGUGAGAAAAGACAUAGGAAAUGGAAGGAAUUGGCUAUGCCAGGACUUCCACAAUCACUAGCAAUCGAAGGAGGUCGGCUUGUGGUCGGGUUCACUCACUCAUUCCGUGCUUGGGCCCUAGGCGAUCAGAACAACACCAAACAUAUAUCAUUGGUGAAUAUGGAGGAUCAAUCGCUGCAGUUCCUGAGCCAGUCCAACUAUGAAGCACAGUUGAUGGUUGAGGUGGCAGGAGAAUCCAUUGAACCUUCAUCAAGGGAAUAUCUGCUUGUGUUCGAUAAGCUUGGACUUUAUGUUGAUGCUCAAGGUAGGAGAAGUCGUUCCCAGGAACUCAUGUUUCCAUCCUCACCGCGACCUGGCGGCUUUGCUCACCUCAGUCCGCAUCUCUGCGUUUACUCCGAAAAUGAAAUCGAUGUCUUCAACGUAAUGUCGGCAGAAUGGAUCCAAACCAUCAACUUGCGGAAUGCCAUUCCUCUCACAGUUGAUGGUCUUCUGUCGCUGUGCUUGGUGAAUGAUGCACCGUUUGUAGUGAUGCUAUGCGAUGUGCUCUCAGAUGAGGAUUUGCUUUAUAUCCCACCUUCAUCAUCGAACACCUCGGGCUCCAUCGGAAAACGCAACAAGGGAAGGCGGAAGUUCUCUGUCCGAAUACCAGGAAAGGAUGACUCACGACCUGGUGAUCGCAGAAGCAAUCUACCUAUAUCCGGUCCCAGUGACUUCAUGCACAUUGUCCAUAUGGGUCCUGGCUCGGUUCACGAGUUGCAGAGCAUGAUUGAUUUGCAACCUCAAAGCCAUGGCCAGUCUGCUGGCGAUCGGGUACGGGGUCUUAUCCCAAUAAUGAGAAGUACGAGCUCGUCGUCGAACAAUCCAGUAAAACAAUUAGGAGGAUCAAAACAGGAUAUUGAGCAGUUGCAUCGCGGAAGGCCAUUGAGUACGACGAGUAAAAGCUCUGAAGGCUCAUCACUUGGACGAGAUGGCAAUACGACCACAUCAUCCACUAGUGCUGAGAAUCCUUAUUUGGAACCUAUAUCCAAGCAACAAGCCAACGUGUCAGCUCUCCCACAGUCACCAUCUUCUCCCUUGUCUAGACCGAAUCAACAAUAGUCAUAUCUGGCUGAAGCGCCCUUCCCAAAGGGCGGCGGCAACAGUCAGAGUCGGUGCGUACGGUUAAGCAAUUGUUUCGGUACGAAAUUUGCCUAUUCGACCCAUUUUGGCGGUUUUUUACUCUCUUUCUGGAGGUUUUCUGCACUCCUUUGUCAAUGUUGAGAGUCACAUUGCCUGGUGUCCUUCGUCGCAUGUGCUCGCGCACCGCACCUUCCUUGUUGUUGAUAAUGCUCUUCCGAAAUUCAUAUGCUCAUCGAUUCUCUUACCUGAAACAUGUUGUUAUCGUUUAUAGUCACGUUGUUUGUGAUAAUAUCCGUUUCUUUGUUGUAUAGUUUCCACUUUUUUUCCUUUAUCUCCCGCUGUCGAAAUAAUCUGCGUCAUUAUAUGACGUGUGUAUUGAGUUCUUCGUAGUCCCAUUUCGUCUAUAGGCUAUCUCAUUGCAAGUUUCAAAGCUUUCGCGGUUGGGUGCUCGUGACCGCGUCGCUUGAGCCUUGCGGUCCUAUCCUUUGGACAUCUUCUCAAGCUUGAGCAGUAGCUGAUUGCUUGCUAGCGUGGGAAAAUGUCCAGGGUUUGCAUCGCGAACGCGACGCAAAGCUCGAGCGGGGCGGUCGCGAGGACCCAACUGCUGGAGCUCUGGCACUGAAAUUGAGACAGCCUAUAAUCCCACCUGUCACAUUGUCACAUCCACUUAUUAUCUACUCGUAUUUGCUUAUAUGUUGGCUUUAUGAUAGCAUCCCAACGCGUCCAGGUGCCUCUCCUAUUAACGUUUUACUGAUCCGGUAGACCAAGCCUAUUGUUUGCGUCCUUUAGAAUAUCUUUGUCCGACUGUCAGUCCUCUACAGCUUUUAGUGCGUGUGAGUGUAUGGUGCAACUCUCCUUUUCCCACUUUCCUUGUACAGUAUAUUACUGUACCAAAUUUCAGCAAAUUUUAGUGUAAUUACGGUCGUAUUCUCACGACCAUAGAAUGUAUCCAAAAUUGUCUUUUUCAGUCAUUCUGAUUUUUUUAUAUAUUUAUACAUUUGUGUAUGACUCAUCCCAUCGCCACCGCUCAUGACGUAUCGUAUACGCUUCUUUGUGUCUCUUUGAGAUCGAAUGUAUUGAUUAUUGAUUAAUGUAAGCAUCCAUCUAUUAUCUUAUGAUAUGUGAUAUCUGCUUUCUAAGCUGUUGCGCGCACAUCUGCGUAUGUGUGGAUGUUCAUCCCCCCUUCGUUUAACAGGUCGUAUUUCUCGUUUUACUACUCUUUUCUCGCUCUCCCUGAACUUUCUCUUUGUAGUUAUUCGCGCAGAGGUGUUAUAUGAUGAGCACCUUGACGCUAAGAAAUUAUGCUACACAUUGAAAAAAAUGUCUAGGCUGCUGUAUUUUUGUUCCGAAAAUGCAUAAAUAUUUAU